ACUGGGGCGGGGCGAAUGGAGCGUGACUCCGCCCAUCUGCUCCAGCACUUCGGUCGCGCAGUACGAGCCGCGAGAGAGGAGACAGGGCAGGAAUACAUCCACACGCCACCCACAGCAUCCCACCGCUGUGCGGGCAGGAAUACAUCCACACGCCACCCACAGCAUCCCACCGCUGUGCGGGCAGGAAUACAUCCACACGCCACCCACAGCAUCCCACCGCUGUGCGGGCAGGAAUACAUCCACACGCCACCCACAGCAUCCCACCGCUGUGCGGGCAGGAAUACAUCCACACGCCACCCACAGCAUCCCACCGCUGUGCGGGCAGGAAUACAUCCACACGCCACCCACAGCAUCCCACCGCUGUGCGGGCAGGAAUACAUCCACACGCCACCCACAGCAUCCCACCGCUGUGCGGGCAGGAAUACAUCCACACGCCACCCACAGCAUCCCACCGCUGUGCGGGCAGGAAUACAUCCACACGCCACCCACAGCAUCCCACCGCUGUGCGGGCAGGAAUACAUCCACACGCCACCCACAGCAUCCCACCGCUGUGCGGGCAGGAAUACAUCCACACGCCACCCACAGCAUCCCACCGCUGUGCGGGCAGGAAUACAUCCACACGCCACCCACAGCAUCCCACCGCUGUGCGGGCAGGAAUACACCCACACGCCACCCACAGCAUCCCACCGCUGUGCGGGCAGGAAUACAUCCACACGCCACCCACAGCAUCCCACCGCUGUGCGGGCAGGAAUACAUCCACACGCCACCCACAGCAUCCCACCGCUGUGCGGGCAGGAAUACAUCCACACGCCACCCACAGCAUCCCACCGCUGUGCGGGCAGGAAUACAUCCACACGCCACCCACAGCAUCCCACCGCUGUGCGGGCAGGAAUACAUCCACACGCCACCCACAGCAUCCCACCGCUGUGCGGGCAGGAAUACAUCCACACGCCACCCACAGCAUCCCACCGCUGUGUGGGCAGGAAUUCAGUGCCAGACAUCUAAUGUGGACUGCUACUGACCC